AUGAAACUACUGAAGCAAUUCAUAAUUUUGAUAACUGCGGUCGUUUUUACCACUGGUCAGAGUAUCGACGAGUGCCUGAAGCAAGACAGCAUAUCCUGCGUGCAGAAGACUCUAUAUAGGACCGCCAAAGAAUUCUUUGCCAAGGAUAAAUUAGAACUUAUAAACGGAGUCAAUCUCGUGAAGAAUAAUGUCAAUGCCAGAUCUAUCAAGGAACUUACUUAUGAUCAAGAGAUGGAGGCCGCUAAUAAUAUCGUGGAAAGACAAAAUUCUCUCGAAAACUUCAUUAGCGAUGAAGCUGGGCAAUUUUUGACCGGUCGCAAUCUUAGGAUCAAUCUUGCAUCUGCUUUUGAGAAAAUCCAAGAAUCGGCUCGUGUCUUCAGUGAAUCUGCUCCACCAGAAAUUCGUCAAGCUGUCAACGAGGUUGUUGAAGCGCGAGGCAAGAAAAAAGGAUUUCUAAAAGGACUCUUACCCCUUCUGGUUGCCGCAAAAAUAAAGUUUGGUAUUUUGGGAGUUCUCUUAUACUUUGUCACCGGAUUCUUAGCGAAAAAGGCGAUCCAAGCGUCCAUCAUUUCUCUCCUCAUCUCUGCUUUCGUCGGUAUAAAAACAUUCUGGUCAGGCAAAAACUACCAUCACGAUGUCACUCCUUACAAUGGUGGCUGGAGUGGUGGAUUUUCAAGUCCUGUCAGCAGUGGAUGGUCAAGUCCCGUUAACAGUGGAUGGUCCAAUUCCGUAUCUGGUGGAUGGAGCAAUGGUGGUUCUUCCGGUUGGGAAGAUUCUCAUUACGCGCACAGCCAAGCAUAUGGAUAUCAUCAUUAAUGAUCGUUGAUAUUUUCUUCUUUUGUUUCUUUCUUUUAUUAUAAU